GUAGGUAGUGAUCGUGAAAGUGGGGCGUUGCGUCGUAUCUUGUUUUAUUAAUUAACUAUUUAUAUAAAUUAAGUUUAUCGUUGCCAAAAAUGGGGAAUUAUUUUGCAGUAAACAUUGAAGAAAAUUAUAUAAAGAAUCAAGAUUUUAUUCAGUCAGUUAAUAAAAUCAAGAUGGAAAGACAAAUUCAGUUACAAUAUCAACUGCAAGAGCGACAAAUGGCAUUGCAAAUUGCUAAAAAUAGAGAUACCUGUCUUUGGAUGACUACUUUUUACAUUACCGCAAUCACUGGUUUAGUCACAGGACUCAGGAGGUAUUCGAUAAUUUUCAGGAGGACAAAGAGGCCCUAUCUUCUGAUGCCACUAAUACCCUUAACCUUUGUGACCCUUUAUUAUUGGGACCUAGCCUAUGGAAACAAAGUCCAUAGGAUUAGAAUGGAAGCUGAACACAUUAUGACCCAUGAAGCGGAGUCUCUACAGUGGCCGUGCGGGCUUCCAUCUCCGUCUUCCAUCGAUAUCGGGCGCGAGGACGAGGAGGAGAAAAAACGAAUCCAUCCACCACUUAUGUAAACUGUUCGUCAAUCAUCUCAAUGUUCAGGCAUGUGCCUUUAGCUUUGUAGUUCAAAAAGCGUUUAAAAUUAAGUCAAUAUCCGUGAAUUACUUAGGAAAAAUUGCGUAAUUGUUUCAUGAGCGAAAUAAUUUCAAUACUAUACCAAUAUAGAAAAAAAUCGUUGAAUGUUAUAUUGAUGAUAAAAACUGUACUAUAUCCGCCAUGGUUAUCAUAAUAAUAACGUCUAUAGGUAUACGGGGACAACUUUAACAAAACGCAAAUUUAAGGAUUUAUCCACUAAUAUUCGACUGGAUAUUUCUCCCUAAAAAUUUCUCAAAAGAUCUGAAAGGUUUCUCUAGUAAGAAAUAUCUUUAUGUAAUAUAAUAUCUUUAAAAGGUACUUAAGCCCAGAAAAUCGUGUCACAUUCCAAUUUUUAAUCUUAACUGAGAUUACUCAGAGUAGGUACAAUAAUAUGUUUGUGAUGUCAUUAGGAAGCAGGUUACGAUAUCAUAAUUCCAAAUGUAACAUCUCAGCUUGUCAUAUUUUAUCUAAUAUUAUACCUCUUAUUCCAUGUAAAUUAAUAUAUGAACAAAUUUUUGAGGUCGUUAUUUAAUACAAUGAGAUGAUGAUGAUGAGAUUUAAGACAAAGGAUUUGAAAGGUAAUCGGUCCAGUGAUUGGUAUUGUGACUUAAUAAUAGGUUCUUAAGUUAAUGUGGCUCAAUACUUCAUCAGAAGGGGUACUUAGUUCUCAAAGCAAUAAAUUAUUAUGAUCGCUUGCACAUUGGCACUAUAUUAAACUGGAGGUGAAAAAAUAGACUGGUCUUAAAUUGCAUUCAUAUUUCGUGCUAAUUCGUGCGUUAGGUAACUAUAUGAAUUGUGUUUUUCUUUUACUUUGUAGAUUAUAAAUAGGAUUCACCUAGUCAUUUUAAAACAUUGGGACACGAGUUUGUUAUUAUUAGUAGCUUAGUGAUAUAUUUUUUACAAAAAGGCUAUACAUUUCUUAUAAUUAUACAUUUUUAGCAUUUUAGUGUAGGCAAAUCUGGGGCACGGUACUCCCGAGUCCUGCCAAAUCGGAAAACAUAGAACUACAUAUUAAAGUUAAGUAGGUACAUAUACAAUACAAUAACUUAAAACGACUUUAUCUAAACACAUAUCACAUAAACCCUUUUAUGAUGCGUUCAUAAACCGCAAUUUACUGCCAGCAGCAGCAUUAUGAUAGCGUCCGACCAAGCUAACUCUGCAUGGUAUUUGCAAUGACAAAGUAUAGCAAUGUCAUCGUUAAUGUCAAAUUCUAUGAAAAUAUGCCGUUUGUAAUUACACUCACUGAGUUCUAUUCAAGUCGGAGCAAAAAGUUAACUUACACACUUGAGUUAUUGUUAUUGUACAGACAGACGACAUACCAAACAAUGAAAUUGUCGCAAUCGCGACCUGUACCAUGCGACCAAAACGUCGUAAGCGCCGCGCCGAUUCACGUUCCGCUACUAUGGUUUCAUGCCAAAACGGCAGCAACUCAUGGCGCAAAACACUGGUUCUCUGUGCCGGUUCUAUGUAUACGUUAGUAAUAAUAGUUCCGCUGUUUUGUUGGAACAAAUUUCUUAUCUGUUAAAAUGUUAUUAUUGCAUAAUAAUAACAUCGAUUUAAAUUUUAUGACAUUCAUAUUUCUAACGUCUCUGAAAACCAAAAGAAUUUGAUUUGACUUCAAUUCUAAUAUCAGUCGAGAUGACAUUUUAUUCGAAAUUUAAUGUCAAUUGCAAACAGUGUGAUCAAUGCCGCAAUGACAGUCGUAACAUACGGUCCCUGAGGGCUUACCGCGAAUCACGUUCGACGUGUUGCCUCGCUGUCACACAUAGGUACGAAUUAACAAGUGCGACAGAGAGGCAACACAUCGAACGUGGUUCGCGGUAGGCAGUUUGAACACAUCAUAGAAAGUUCAUAAAAUGUGUGUAAAGCAGUGUAUGUAACUGUACAUAAUUAAGCAUUAUGUAGCAGUCACUCGAGCUACAACUAAAUAGGUGCCAUAAGUUGCGCACACAGGAAUUUGGAGUCUAGUUCAAACGAUAUUGUUUAUAGUAUUUAUGGUACAUUUAAGUUUUACAUCUUGUUUUGUUAAAUUUUAUCAGUUGUGUUUUGUUUAUGUAGUUAAUAAUUUUUUAACGUUUGUUAAGGUGGAUUACAAUACUGUUUUAAGAUAAAAACUUUAUGCUACGAAAGUGUUGCAAAUAAAAUUGUUUAUUAACAUUAAUAGUAGAAAUUAACAUAAAGUAUUCAACGACAAAUACCUAAUUAUAAGUACAUAUUCUUGUAAGUAAACGUUUACUAAUAAAUAUACAUUCACUCAU